CUCAUUUGUUUUUAAAUGUGGAAAACUAUCGUUUUGGAUGUUGAGUGCAUCGUUUGUAAUAAAACGUUGCAAAAAAUCAACCACGAUCCGCGUGAGAUAUCAAGAGAAAUGGGGAAAAUUACUAAUCGCCGGUCAAGGACUCCAAAUUGGUCGCUCCAGGAAAAACAACAUUUGCUUGAAUUAAUUAGAGAACGAAAAGAAGUAGUCGUAACGAAGAGUAACAAUGGACCUAAUUAUUCAGAAGAAAAGGAUGUGGCUUGGAACGCGAUACUUCGCGAGCUUGCAAUUAAAUUUGGAGAUAAGUUUAUAGGCAGUUCUACAAAGAAAGUUAAGACACAGUGGCAAAACAUGAAAAGAAUCGCCCGCGAAGAAAUCGCUUUAAAUGGACCUGAAUUACACAAGUACACGAAGCUGUCUUUGGAAGUGUGUGAAAUUCUAGAGUUAUUGAAAGAUGGUGUAUUGAAAAAUGUGAGUGACCAUGAUAGUACACUUACCACUGAUGUGGAAAUAAAGGCUGAACGCAUUGAGGAGGAAAAUAUUCAACCAGAAUGCAUUAAUUUUAACAACAGCUCUACUGAGAUGGAUGUUCAAGUGGUCAACGAAAACAACUUAAAUCAAUUUGAAGUGACCGGUUCCUCUAGCUCAGAUAACAAUGACCUCAAUGAUCUGGUAAUAGAUGAAUCUAGAAUUUAUAAUGAAGAAAAACUGAUUGAAGUAAAACACACAGCCUGUAUGACUGAUAUUUCAAUGCAAGACUUAACAUUUCAUAAUGUCAAUAAAGAAUAUUUCAAAUACACAGAGGAGGAAAAAGCUCUUAAGAUAGAGUCGCUGAAAGAAGAAAGACAGGUGGUCAGAGCAAUGAGAGAGACUGCAGAACUGAAUAAAAUUACUGCUGAGCAAAGAUUAAAACAUGUAUUGUGGGUCAAGAAACAAGAAAUGUCAAUGUACUCUGGUGAACCCGGAGCUGGUGCUGGCAAGGGUGGUGGUGGCGGUGGUGCCAUCCGCGAAGCUGGCGGCGGCUUCGGCAAGAUGGAGGCUGCUCGGGAGGAUGAAUACUUUUACAAGAAGCAAAAGGAACAACUCGCCAGCCUGAAAGGGCACUUGAACAAGGAGAUCGCGUUCCACCAGGAUCAGAUCAAGCGUCAUGAGGAUGCCAUCCGCCGUCAUAGGGAGCAGAUGGCCGAGGUGAAAGAAUAAACUGCCAGUGGUAAGGCAUCCACAGAAGGCAGCCUACUCUUAAAGAUAUGACUAGUACUAACAACAUUACUGUCUUACAUGUAUACAAUGUUGGUAUCAUACAACUAAUGUGUGAAACUGUAAAACACUGAUUUAUAAUGACUAUAUUAUCUGCAAUGCAUGCGAAAUAAAAUCAAUUCUGGUUUCUGUUGCUAUGUUACUCUUUUGCAACACUGUUGACUUCUUGGUGGAUAUUUUUUUAUGGCACAAAAGGUUAACAUGAACAGAAAUGAAUAUGUGCAUUUAGCAUUUUAUACAUACUUUUUAAAUAAUGUUUAUCAAUUUCAAAUUUUAAUAAUAAUAGUUGAAUGCUAGUCAUUAUAAAUCAGUGGUUGCUAUAGAUCUAGGUUACAACUUAUGUCUUAGACCUUUGGACAUUAUAAUGUAAUGUUGCAAUAUCUCAAAUUCAAAAAAAUUAUGUUUAAGGAUGUUACUUAUUUUUUUGCUUUUAUUUUGUUUAGUGGUAGUUUGUAUGGCGCAAUUACAUAAUUGUUAAUCUGC